AUGGGUGAACAAAUAAUUGAACGAUUCCCCAUGUCGGCUGGGCCUGAUGCCAUUUUUGAAAGUUUCAAGAAGAAUGGAGUGGUUGUUAUUGAGAACUUCGUUACGAAGGAUCAACUGGACCGAUUCACUGCCGAAAUCGACCCUGCCCUGCAGAAGCUAACCGCGGGAUAUGCCUCUCGCAUAGAUGGUGAUGAACAAGUAGAUGAUUUCUUUGGGAAGAAAACUAAACGCCUUGGCCAAUUAUCAACUGUUAGCUCUGUCUUCCGCCACGAGUUUUUGGAGCAUGACUUGAUGCAUUCUCUUUUGGAGCGAAACUUUAUCGAUUAUCCUCUAGCCGGAUAUUGGAUGAAUACAAGCGAUGUCAUCGAAAUUGGACCUGGAAGCAAGCCACAACCUAUUCACCGUGAUCUAGAGCUGUAUCAUCCAUUUGUUAUAGGAGGUCCCGCGAUGCCAGAGGCUGUAUGCAAUUUCAUGGUUGCUCUCACCCCAUUUACGGCGGAGAACGGAGCGACGGUGUUCGCCCCCGGGACCCAUCUUAACGAGAGCUUUGAGAGGCUCGAGGACGGAGAGCUGCCGGGCGGUGACAAGACUAUCUCAGCUGUCAUGAACCCAGGGGACUGUGCCUUUUUUUCAGGAAAGGUCAUUCAUGGUGGUGGCACCAAUAGUACAACUGAUGAGUUCCGGCGUGGUUUGUCCAUGAGCUUUAUUCGAAGAAUAUUGUCGCCAGAGCAAGCACACCCGCUUUCAAUUUCCCGAGAGAUUAUCGAGACCAUGUCCUACCGAGGCCAGGCAAUGCUUGGAUUCCGAAGCAAUUGGCCUGCAAUUGGAGACGAGCCAGCUAUCAUCUGGUCCUAUCAAGGGUCAGACAUUGGGAAGAAGCUGGGGUUGGGAGACAAGAACUAA